CCUUCCACCGUAGCUGGGUGCUGGGGCCAUGCGGAUUUGAGCUAUGUGACAUGUGAUGCGAAGGGGGCUGAAUCAGCCACUACCCUCCCAGCAGGAACUUUUCUGGGAAAUAUAGCUUUCUUCAGGGAAAAGCAAGCACAACAGUAUCAUGCAUCAAGACACGAGAAGUAAUUCUUCUGCUUUACUCUGCGCUGAUAAGGCCUCCGCUGGAGUCUCGUGUCCAUUUCUGAGCGCCACAUUUCAGGAAGGAUGUGGACAAAUUGGAGAAAGUCCGGAGGAGAGCGACAAAAACGAUUAAAGGUCUAGAAAACGUGACCUACGAGGAAAGAGUGAAAAAAUGGGGUUCGUUUGGUUUGGAGAGGAGAAGACGGAGAGGGGACAUGGUAACCGUUUUCAAGUAUCUAAAAGAUUGUUCCAAGGAGGAGGGCCCUCAGUGCUCCAGCUCUUCAGGAAUCUCUUUGGGCUCGGGCAGAGCGCGCAGGAGGGCCCAGAAGCCAGAGCAGACGCACAAGAGCAGGGUAACGUUGGGGACCUAGAAGAAAACAGCUCCCUGGUGCCUGCUGGGGCUGAGUCUGAGACCAGCCAGCCAGCAGGCAAAGAGCUAACGGGCGACCACCCGACCGAUGAGCCCCGUGGAGAUGCAACAGGCGACCGCAUGGGGGAGAUCCUUGGAGAGCUGAAGGAUAUCAGUCUUGGGGGCACCCCUUCCAGCCGUGGCAGGAGAUCCCCUCCUAUGCUGGACCCCAGUGGCAUGGAGAUGGGAGACUCCGGUGACUGGGCCUUGUCAGACCUCUCUGAGAGCGGUAGCUGCAUUGACGCCAGCGUGGAUGUGGAGGAGAAGCAGAGCAUGGGAAGUGGAGCAACAGGGGAGCCGUGCGGGCAAUGCUCUGAGGCAGGAGAUGCAGGAGGAGCAUCUGCUGAGAGAUGGCCCUUGGGGAGCAGGCCCUCGGUGCUCCAGCUUGUUAGAAACCUCUUUGGGCUCAGGCAGAGCGUGCAGGAGGGCCCAGAAGCCAGAGCAGAUGCACAAGAGAGCGGGGACGUCAGGGACCUAGAAGAAAACAGCUCCCUGUUGCCUGCUGGUGCUGAGUCUGAGACCAGCGAGCCAGCGGCCAAAGAGCUAACGGGCGACCACCCGACCGAUGAGACCCAUGGAGAUGCAACAGGCAACCGCAUGGAGGAGAUCCUUGGAGAACUGAAGAAUAUCAGUCUUGGGGGAGCCCCUUCCAGCCAUGGCAGGAGAUCCCCUCCUAUGCUGGACCCCAGUGGCAUGGAGCUGGGAGACUCUGGUGGCUUUGUCAACACUGCUGUGGGCAAAGAUAAAACAGCCCAGGAUCUAUGCAGCGGAAUCUCUGGCAGGGAGGCAGAAAGGGUGGGAGAAGCUUCUGGUGACACAGGAACAUGGGGAAAGGCUGGAAUCUCCCAGGUUCUGCCUGCUGACAACGAAGGAAUCACACUGACUGCAGGACCCCUGGCAAUGACCCCCAAGGACUUCCAUGCCAAGGAGGAGAGAGAGUGCCUCCUGAAAGAGGAUCUAAAUGGAGGAUCUCCGAAGGCAGAGCUGUCUCCAUGGAACAAACUCGUCAACAUGUACAAGCAGCGACGGAAGCUUCCUGUUCCUAAGGAAAACCCAGUGCAGCUGGAAAUGGAAGAGGGAUCCACUCUGAAUCUAACUGUUUAUGAAUUUGCAACACCUGAGCCUCAUCUCAUCUCUUCAAAAUCUUCCAGUACUGCCCUGAUCUUUAGGUUUCCUGAUGACGGAGCUGGGGAAGCUGUUGGCCACUUUGGGAGAGCCCAGGUAGACCUGAGGACAAAUGGACUGGGAGCUCCUGAAGCAGACUGAGGAGUGCAGGUGGGAUCCUGACACUGUGCGCAGCUGCAGUGCCUGUCCUCUGAGGCUCUCGGAGGGCUCUGCACGCAGUAAUUAAGCCAGUGAGGUGGAUAGGUGUGAUCCCCAUUUGCAGAUGGUAAACCGAGGCACUGAGGUUAAGGGCUGGAUUUCCAGGGGCCCAGAAGCCAGCGGGGACCCGCCAGUGUUGGCAUCUCUGAAAAUGAGGUCAAGUAGCGACUAUGGCAACAAACAGAGUCAGUGGGACUAGAACCCAGAGCCCUUCUGCGCCUGUUCUCACCGUCAAAGGCAGAGCCGGGGGCAAGCGCAGGAGGGGACGAGCGUGAGCACCAGACCAACCAGAGGGAGAGGAACCCUUGGGCCUUGUCAAUGCUAGUAACUGUCCAACCCAUUGUUCAGCACUGGUGCUAGCAAUGGGACAAGCCAGUGAAGUCCAGGCUCCGCACCUUUUCUGGCCACGGCCUCAGGGUCCAGUGCUGGGAAUGCCUGAGCCCAGUCUACCCUGCCACUAAUGCCCCUGCUCGUUACAGCUUCUGAAGCGAAAUGGCAACAAAUGGAGAGGGAAGUGAAGAGCCACGGGGAAGGGGAGUGACUCUUCAGCUGGGGGCUGGAGCAAGCUGGAGGAAGUGAGGUUCAGGGGAGCUGGUCCACACGGCUGGACAUGCAGAGGAGAAAGCUCUUGCACCUGUAAUGGCACGAUUGUGGGAUGGGAGUAUGGAGGCCAUUGGCGAGUGAGCAGAAGGGGAAGGGGAGAGACUACAGAUUCAUAGACUUCCAGGCCAGAAGGGACUAGUAUGACCAUCUCGGCUGACCUCCUGCAUACCAGAGAACCUACUCCAGUAGUGACUGACCAUCCCUCUUCCAUACACAUGAGACUGGCCCUCGGAGAAGGAGUCACUUCUCAGUUCCCUUGUGUGCCAAGAGCUGGUGGGAUUGGGCAGCAGGCUUAGCUAUUGGUCAGACAGCUCUGCAUUCGCCAGAGUGAUUCGGUAACACACUUUCUCUCUGCCCUGGCCAGAGCCUGCACCUAGAAGAGAUGUGACAGUGGCCCCAAGACCAAGCUUAUGUUUUGAUCACGAUGAGUCUGCAAGUCCCCUUCAUCUAGCAGAUGAAGAAAGAAGAUUGAAACCUGUUCUUUGGUCCCCACUAGGCUGGUGUCUGGGACAAGGUCUGUUAGCUGCCAGCUUGUUCCUGUUUCCUCUUUCAGUGUCUAUGUCUUCCCCCCUUUGAAUGUUUAUCCUCUUGCCUUCUCCUCUCCCUGCCACCUGAGGGAUGACCCCAUCUGUACUAGGUUGGCAUCCACUGUAUUUUUAGAGUAAGUGUUUUACGUUGAUUGAUUGUUCUCAGUUCCCCCUAAACUCACAGACUCCUCCCCACUUAUUAAAUGAAGUUCUGUGUUG